AUGUCUGAUCCAUCUGCCAAACUGAAAUUGGCUAAGGAUACGCUCGUUUCAUCCCUCUUUGAGCUUUCUAAAGCUGCUAAUCAAAGUGCUGGAUCUAUCAUCGAUUUCUAUAAUGCUAUCGGUGAGGACGAAGAGGAGAGGUUGGAGGCCUUCACGACGCUCACAGAAUCUCUCCAGAAACUAACUUCCGCUAGUAACCAAAUUCAUGCGGUAAGCUCCGAUUUGACGAACCCUACGGAAGACGAAAAAGAAACAUUAGCAUUAACUUCUCCCGUCAAGCAAAAUCAGACGAAGAAGAAGGCAGAGCGCGAUCCUAAUGCUCCCAAGAAACCAUUGACGGUCUUUUUUGCUUACUCCGCGUACGUGCGUCAAGCACUACGCGAAGACAGACAAAAAGAGGGUUUACCUCCCCUAUCUUCAACCGAAAUUACGCAGGAAAUUUCAAAGAAGUGGAAAGAAUUAAGCGAUUCGGAGAAAGAUAAAUGGAAACAAGCUUAUACUGCUGAACUCGAAAACUACCAGAAAGAGAAGCAGAGAUACUUGGAGGCUAAAAAGAAUGGCACUGCUCCCACGCAAGACGGACCAAGCACCGCACCAAUUCCAAUACCCGAUUACUUGCAGGGUGGUUUAGAAGACGAAUAUGAACCCGUCAAAGAAAAGAGACCUCAUGAGGAUGAAGGGUCGUCGAACACCUCUGAAAAGAAAAAGAAAAAGAAGAAAAAGGACAAGAAGAAGGACAAACAUGCCUCCUUGUAA